UGUAAUGGCGCCAACCUAACAUCAAGUGCUAACAAGCUCCGUAAAGGGGAGUGAAAUAGUGUGAUUAUAGCAAUUAGCAAUAUCUACGACCAGGUGACCAUUACAGUGUGCAAUAAUGUGUAAUGACCAUAUGGAUGCAAUUGAAAUAUUCCAUUCUGACUGUGGACUAAAAAUGCUAGAAGCAUUGCAGGAAGACCUGAAAGACACAAAAGAACACAUUAAGCUGCUGGAAAAUACAUUGAAAUACCUAUCUACACCAUCACAAAAAUUACUUGGAAAUUCCCAAACCUACAACAAACCAAAGGAAUGUGCAAAACCCAAACUUAAUUCAGAUAAUUUCCAGCUACCCUUAAUAAACCAUUCUGAAUAUCUACCCUUAGACUGUGAACCUGAAAUGAAAGAGGUUGGCAAUCCAUAUAAAUCAUUUCAGUCUUUAGUGGCAGCAAAGAAAUGCACAAUUCAUAUACUACAUCAAAAUACAGCUUCAAAAACCAACUGUCAUGAAAUAAAAGAAAAUGAGGAGUACAACAGUGUAAACAAAGGGUUAUCAAAAAGUGUUAGUAUAGUGUUGCUUUCUGACAGCCAUGACAGAGGAAUAGCAGAAAUUUCUCGUUAUCAACAAGACCUCAAUAUGACAAGUGUGGUGGAACCUGGAGCAGGAUUACAGGAAAUACUGAAGGACCAUAAAAACAGAAAUUGAGUAUGGAAAAACCAGUGUAUUGUGAUAGUAUGCAUUGCAAAUGAAGUAUACAGAAAUGAACUGAAAGUAGCAACAAGAGUAUUAAGAGAGACACUUGAUACAUUUGGGGAUCAGAAAAUGAUUAUGCUAGACAUACCAUAUAGGCAUGACCUUAUUGAAUCAUCAUGUAUAAACAAAGAGAUCCACAAAGCAAACAGGGCUUACAAAAAGAUGUGUCAAUCCACUUUAAAUGCUGUUUUUCUCACUCUAAAUGACAUGGGAAGAAAGGAGUUUAUAAGACACUGAAUGCACCUAAAUAAGUGAGGCAAAUCUUUAAUCUGCCAGAAGAUAAAAAUGUGCCUGACAAGUGUUUUUUCUAGAAGUGAGAAAUAUGACAAUUCCACUGCCAACAGCAAAAGAUAUCUGCAAAGUAUCUUGCACAACAAUGGCUGACAAUGUUGUGGAAAACCCCACCUGCCUAACAAAUCCAGCUGUAGCAGUGGUAGAACAUCGGAUAUAGAAGUAAGUGUCAACAGGAAAGCACAACACCAGUGACAGCAGCAAUAAAAGACCUAGAACCAAUGUCUACAGAGGCAAAGGAAAUGGUCACAACAUGUACAUCUACACAACCAACAACAACAACAGCAACAGAUGACUCAGGAGCAACUCCAUAAGAAGAAAAGGAAACAACAGCGAGUGAAAAGCACAGUGUAGCAAGCAGUCAGAAAACAAGACUGACCUCCACACCAUCUGAAACUUUUUUUAACAUCAAGCACAAAGAGCUGUAGGCCACCAUAAAUUUGCUUGGUCUAAUUAAAAUAUCUUCAACAUGGGGUCCUCAGGAAAAAGCUGAGAGAAAUGCAAGACUUCAUUUUAACCCAAAAAAAUCACUAUGUUAUAAAGACCCUCUAGGGAACAAGUGUAGACACAGUUGUUUGCUAGGAGACCCUACUCUAAAAUUGCUUAUAUACAGAUUUGAACUUGAAAAAGAACAGUUGUUGAAUCCUGCAGAAGAACGAAAGAAACUGAAAGGCAGCUAAUACAAUUUUUACAAAUGAAAUGUAUUUGACAUUAUUGUCAGUUAUGAUGUCAAAAUCUGUACUAAAUAAUGUCAUACUUCAAUAAAAGUCAUGAAAUAUUUCUUGAUUUAUGUAAUGAAACUGACAAAAUACAAAUAAAACAGUAGAAACUCUAGGUAGGAAUAUAAACAAUGUAGGAAAAGAUGGAUUGCACCUGUCAUAAAGAUAACAAGCUAAGUUGCAGACAGGCACAAUUAAAAGACAUUUAUUCAUAAGCUUUUGGUCACAGCCUUUAUUGGAGAAAGAGAAACACAUACCAUUCAUUCCCACAAUCAAGCACACCUCACACAUAUGCAAUUGCCAGCUCUGGCAGCACGGGCCUGAAUCUUCUAGCAAUCUAUCUUUUCCUACAUUAUUUGAUAUACAAAUAAACUAACAGAGGCUGAGGAGAGUAGUAAAGGUUCAUCAUACAGGUCAGCUCUGUCAUUCCUAUUCAAAAUAUGCUGCUUGACUUUAAGACAAUAGUUUACUAUUCUAUACAGUCAGUACACAAAUUUAAAAGAAAAUUAUAUUUAGCAUUUUGUAAGAGUGCUCAGUUUACUAUUAGUAUUACUGAUACAGUGGUCUAUGUGGGAAUAUUUCAUCACAAGUGCAGUUAAGAUUACUAUAACUGCCUGAACCUCACAUUCAUGUUGUUAAAUGUGUAUGUAUACUUAUACAUAUUGUGUUUAUACACUUGAUAAUUUUUUUUUAUUCCCCCCCCCCCCCCUCUAACUCUUGGUGACAUAUAACUAGGGUCUGAUGCCAUUCAUAUUAUUAG